AUGGCAAACGGAGAAAUUCGAAGUGAUAUAGACAUUAAAGCCGUAUUCUACUCUCUAAAAACUAGAAAAUUAUAUAAAGAUGUAUACCAGAAGGGUGGUCAGAACUUUAUAGGAAUCGUCAGUCCUUACAUGAAAACGAACAUUGAAGCAAUCGUAGACAAGGCACAUGGUUUGGUACCUUCCAUCGACGUCAUGAACUUAAUUUCACAAAAUGCCACGUGCAUUCCCCGCCUUCUUUCUUCUCCCAAGAGUAAUACGAUCGGAGGAUUACAAAAUUGCAAUCUAUAUGUUUCAAGAAGAGACUUGGCUUGGCUGGAAAGUUACAGAGGUUCUGGUUUUUCAUUGCAAAGAUACCGCAGAGGAGCAGUUGACAUUUUUGAACGCAAAAACUUCAUAAGUGGCAAGAUUGUUAGUAAAAUGCACUCGCUUGUAGCAACAGAUCGCGUCGUGAACCUUGUGAGAGAAGACUCUACAUUCUGGGAAACUGCCGCAAAUAGAUAUCAGAAUCAUUGUAACUGGACGUACUGGACCACGGAAGCAUAA